UCCGGGGAAAGCAAACCCGGGAUUGACAAAAGGGUGUCACAACUUCGACAGCUUGAGUGCGACAUUUCGGCGUCUGAACAAGUGAAAAUAACGCAAUGACCCGGGACGCUGCAGCGGCGGCCGGGGGAAGAAGCCACGGUCCGUCCGCCGCCGCCGAAAGAGGCCGAGGCGUGAGCAGCGCCCUCGUGAUGCUCUGUUCCUACGCUCUUCUUCUGCUGGUGUUCGCCGGCGCCCCUGCCACCUCCGUCAACGUUGUCAAGAACCUGCCGGGCUACGACGGCGAUCUUCCAUUCUAUCUCGAAACCGGGUACAUAGGCGUAGGAGAAUCCAACGAGUCCCAACUGUUCUACUACUUCGUGGAGUCGCAGCGGACGCCGUCCCAGGACCCGCUCAUGCUUUGGCUCACCGGAGGUCCCGGCUGCUCCGUCCUCUCCGCUUUCCUCUACGAAGGCGGUCCGCUGGCCUUUACUUACGAGGGAUACAAUGGGAGCAUACCAUCGCUUCAUCAGAAUCCGUACGCAUGGACACAGGGCCUCAACAUGUUAUUCGUCGAUGCGCCGAUAGGGACUGGGUUCUCCUACUCCACGACCGCCGAAAACUACUACACAGAUGACUUCAAAUCUUCGAACGAGACCUAUGAAUUCCUGCAGAAGUUCUUGCUCAGUCAUCCUCAAUUUAUUGAGAACAUGCUCUACAUCGGCGGGGACUCGUACUCGGGCAUACCUCUUCCGAUCAUCGUCCAGAAGAUAUUCGACGGAAACUUGCUUGGAGAGGAGCCAUUCAUGAAUCUCAAAGGGUAUGUGCUUGGGAACCCGAAGACGGACGAUUUCAUCGACGACAACUCGAGGAUUCCAUUUGCUCACCGAGUGGCGCUCAUAUCAGAUGAACUCUACGCCGACGCCAUGGAAUCUUGCGGAGGAAAUUACGUCGAUGUGAGCGCUAACAACACAGAAUGUUUGGAGGACAUCGAGGAGAUCGAUGCGUUGCUCCUGCAAAUAAACCUCAUGCAAAUCCUGGAGCCUAAUUGUCAAACCGCGUAUUCGAGACCGGUCGAGGCAAAUCGAGGAUACAGAAGGGUUCUUGAAGAUGACUACGAAGGCUUUCUCGCCGCGCAGCCUAAUCCCGCGCUUUGGUGUCGGGAGUACAACUAUGUACUGUCCGGCGUAUGGGCCAACAACGAGGAUGUCCGAGCUGCCCUUGGAAUUCGAGAGGGCACAAAGGGUGUUUGGAAGAGAUGCAACAGCAGUCUAGCAUACACGAAGACGGUCUCGAGCAGCGUCCCUUAUCACCAAAAUCUCAGCAACACGAACCUUCGAGCCCUUAUCUACAGCGGUGACCACGACAUGUCCGUCACCUACCUGGGCACGCACUUCUGGAUUUUCUCUCUCAAUCUGACUCUGUCGACCGCAUGGCGGGAGUGGUACGUCAAUGGCCAAGUCGCCGGGUAUACUGAAGAGUUCACCAGUAACCAGUUCACUUUGGAUUUCGCCACUGUGAAGGGCGGCGGUCAUGUUGCGCCGGAGUACAAGCCGAGGGAAUGCUACGAGAUGCUGGACCGGUGGCUUGCUUAUUGGUACCUGUGAUCUGAAGGGGUCGAGCCGACAUUUUCCGGGGCGAAUCUGGCCGGCUAUGAGGAGAAACUAUGACGAGGUCCGGUCGCCGGACUUUAGGAAGUGUUUCGGGGAUGCCUCGAGAGGGCAAUGCUCAUGUGUCGUUAGUUUUUUUUUUUUUUUGGUCGGAAGAGCUGGCAUUCAUUGAAGAGAAAUGAGAUUGCCAUCAGAACUCACAAUAAAAACUUCUCAUUGAUGAUCAGAAGUUUCUUUGUAUCGAAGUGCAAAUGAGAUGAUGCUUCUUAUUAGGGCGGGGACUGCCCUCGUA